GCUCCGUCGGCCGGUGGAAGGACGCCCCGCGCGCCCGCCGAGAGGCCCUCGCUCCCGCGGCCCCGCUGACCUCUUGACAGGAGGUAGGCUCUUCAGGUCCCUCUGUCACCCAGACAAUGCCCAGGAGCGCUCUCGGUCGUGAUUACCUGUCACGCUGGUCUCAGAGGCUCGAGUCCCUCCCUGUACAGCCCCACAGCAACAACUACUGCUGGCCCGUGGAGGGAGGAACAGCUCGCACCGGGAUUAUUGUAACCUCUUCGCCCCGCCCAGCCUUGCAGCCCCUAGUCUCAGCCUUGGGGCCUGAUUUCUGCCAAUGAAGUUUUUCGGUGCUUUCAUGAGUCAUAGGACAGUACCUCCGUUUGGCCACCCUUUUCUUUUCCAUUAGUCAAAUCCAUUGGAUAGAAAUUCGUGUUGCGUUAAAAAGUUCUGCGUUUUCCUUUCCCCACGCAUCUAAAUUGUAGUGUUCACUCCUGUCCCCGCCCCAUCUUGCUAUGAUUUUCAUAAGCAUUCACGUGUGUCACCUCUAGCAGCCUUUACCUAGAGGCACUGCAUCCACUCAGUGCAUUACCUGGCAGGGAACUUCCCACUGUAGUUUCCUGUAUGUCAAGUUUUCAAGUUUGACUCCAGUUAAACUGUUUUCUUGGACAUUUCCCAAAAUAUUCUAACCUGAGUCAUAGUGGCUUAAGCAAAGAGUUACCCACAGUGAUGGCAAAAGUUGAGCCCAUUAAGACUUUGAGAGACUCUGGUAGUGCCGUAUUGAUUCAACUUGUUAAAACCCCCAGAAAGAUUGCAGUUCAUGUAAAGACCUUUAAGCAAGGAGGAAGAAAGAGAAGAUAGGGUUAACUGGAGCUAUUCCUUGUUGUAGGAAGUUUUUAAAUAUUGAAAGAAUUACAUAUAGACAUACUUUGAAAAUUGGCCAUCGCACUAUUCAUCCAAGGCCUACAGAACAGAAGAGAACUUUCAGAUUCCAUUUUCUAGACUGUAGUCAAAUCUGAGUUGUUAAUUAUCUUUCUCUAGUCAGUGUCAGAAAUAUUGACUAAAAUGUUGGGGAAACGGAAACGUGUGGUGUUGACAAUUAAGGACAAACUUGACAUUAUUAAGAAGCUUGAAGAAGGCAACUCUUUCAAAAAACUUUCUGUGGUGUAUGGUAUUGGUGAAUCUACAGUUCGUGAUAUUAAAAAAAACAAAGAAAGGAUUAUAAACUAUGCCAACAAUUCAGAUCCUACAAGUGGGGUAUCCAAACGUAAAUCUAUGAAGUCAUCAACAUAUGAGGAACUUGACAGAGUUAUGAUAGAGUGGUUUAACAAACAGAAAACUGAUGGGAUUCCAGUGUCAGGAACUAUUUGUGCAAAGCAAGCGAGGUUCUUUUUUGAUGCUUUGGGGAUGGAAGGUGAUUUUAAUGCAUCAUCUGGCUGGUUAACUCGAUUUAAGCAGCGCCAUGGUAUUCCAAAGGCUGCUGGUAAAGGAACAAAAUUAAAAGGGGAUGAGACUGCUGCCAGUGAAUUUUGUGGUAACUUUCAGGAAUUUGUGGACAGAGAGAAUCUACUACCAGAGCAAAUUUAUGGUGCUGAUCAAACUGGAUUGUUCUGGAAAUGUCUACCAUCAAGGACAUUAGCUUUUGACACUGACCUAAGUACUACUGAGUACAGGUCAAGCAGAGAGAGAAUCAUCAUUAUGUGUUGUGCAAAUGCUACGGGUUUACACAAACUUAAUCUUUGUGUCGUGGGAAAAGCAAAAAGACCUCGAGCAUUCAAAGGAACUGACCCUUCAAAUCUUCCUGUUACUUACUUCAGUCAAAAAGGUGCAUGGAUAGAACAGCCUGUUUUCAGACAGUGGUUUGAGAAAUGCUUUGUGCCACAGGUACAGAAGCACUUGAAAUCUAGAGGGCUUCGUGAAAAAGCAGUACUGCUUUUAGAUUUCCCACCAGCACAUCCAAGUGAAGAGCUGCUAAGCUCAGAUGAUGGCCGGAUAAUUGUGAAAUAUUUGCCACCCAAUGUCACUAGUCUAAUUCAACCAAUGAGCCAAGGUGUUUUAACCACAGUCAAAAGAUACUACCGAGCAGGACUUCUCCAGAAAUACAUGGAUGAAGGAAUUGAUCCAAAAAUGUUUUGGAAGAACUUGACAGUGUUGGAUGCAAUUUAUGAAGUGUCAAGAGCUUGGAACAUGAUAAAGUCCAGUACCAUAACCAGAGCUUGGAAAAAACUUUUCCCUGGCAAUGAAGAACAUUCAGGCAUGAAUAUUGAUGAAGGAGCUAUUUUAGCAGCUAACUUAGCAACAGUUUUACAGAAUACAGAAGAUUAUGAACAUGUUGACAUUGAGAAUAUUGAUCAGUGGUUUGACUCUCAGAGUAAUGACUCAAGCUGUCAGGUGCUUACUGACAGUGAACCUGCUGAGGUCCAGGCCAAGGCUGCUGAGCAAAAACCUUCCCUUAAAACUAGGAAAGCAGAACUGAGCUCAGAGAAGCAUAUUAGCCACAAAGCUGCACUAGAAUGGACUGAAAAUUUGUUGGAUUAUCUAGAACAACAAGAUGACAUGCUGCUCUCUGAUAAAUUGGUAUUACGGAGGCUUCGGACCAUAAUAAGAAGAAAACAGAAGAUCCAAAAUAAAAGUCAUUCAUAAUGCUCUUAAGCCUGCUUUCAUCUUUGUAACUGUUGGAACUUAUUAAAAAUGCUGUAGAUUCUAAGGUCGACUUUUAUGAAUGACUUUAGGAUUAGAUGCCAUUUUUGGAUCACUUGAUUAUAGCUCUUUAAUGUUGAUUCUGGUAAUUGAACAGUAAUGUGAUACUUUGCCUACUGUUUCUAAUCUAUGUUAUACUACUUAGAUCAUAAGGUGCCAAGGAGAUCUUUGUUUUGGGCCUGGAUUUCAAUGUGUCUGACAAUAGGCGGUGCACACUAGAGGCACUUAAUAAAUCUCACUUGAAUUGAA